AAUGUAACACCGGAUGUAGAAACACUGUCUCUGACCUCUGACCUCUGACCCCGCUGGGAACAUGGCGGUCUCUCUACGAGGCUUCACGAAGGUUUUGAUCCGUUUAUCUCCUUCAGUUAUCCAUCAACCGCGACUCCAUCAGUCGUGUCUGCAGAGGCUACCUGGAGCAUCAUGGCCGGCUCUCUCUCCGUUUCUACCUCCACGUCACUUCUUCUGUAAAGCAGCGUCGCCGCAGGAUGAGGAGGUCGCUCAGGCUGCCGAGGCUCUCCUCCGCUACAAGGACAGACCCUGGGAUUACCUGGAGAGUGAAGAGUACAUCGAGAGGUACGGGACCAGUACAGUGUGGGCCGGCUACAGGAGGAACCACAAAGGAGGCAUCCCCCCACAGAAGACACGCAAGACCUGCAUAAGAGGAGACAAGAUAUGUGGAAACCCCUGUCCAGUGUGUCGGGAUCCAAACGUGAUUAUCCACCAUCAGAACGUGAAGUUGUUGCAGCAGUUCAUCAGUCCUCACACUGGAACGGCGUACGAUCCCACUAGAACCGGUGUGUGUAUGAAACAGCAGAAGAAGCUGAACGAGGCGAUCGACACAGCGAGAGAUCACGGCUUACUUCCCUUUCAGAUUCCAUAUGUGGAGUUUUCAGGAGAGGACUACUCCAACUCCCAUGAUGCAGUGGGGUCCACACCACCUCCCCGGUCCCUGACCUCAGGGGACACCUGGUACAAAUGGUACAGUGAAAUAACACCCGAUGAGAACGAAGUGGCUAAAGUGAAGAAGACAUACAAAGCUUACUUAAAGUGAUGGAACCUCCAGAACCGGUCCAGCUGAUUAACGCAGUAACUGUAACUAAGUUACUUUAUAUAUGUACGCCUAUUGGACCAUGUGAGUGUCCACCCUGUGUUCAUAUCCUGCUGGUAUGCAAAUAAAGAUUGCACAAUAAAAAUGAUGAAAAAUUG